AUGAGGGAAUGGGAGGGUCUCCGUGGUGUAUAUACACCCCAAAGCAACGGGGAAACGAGACACAGGCCGAAUUGCCGAGGGACGCAGUCGGCUGCAGGGCGCCUCCCUACCAACACGGCAUCCGUGUUGGUAGCGAGCAGCAGCGAAGUUUGCAGUGGUAUCGCCGCUCGCUCCAGAACCAGAAGCCCUUUCGCCCUCGUUGGGGGGAGGCCCACACCACGAUCCCUAGGUCCGCGAGUGGGCCCUGGGGGCCCUCUCGCCAUAGAAGUGGCGAUCAGAAUCCCCCAGUGCCCCCUGUCUGUCGUCGCUAGAGCCUCGGAGGUCGAAGAAGAUCUCCUCCGCAGUGCCCAGGGUGCCUCACCGCUCCUUCGUCUUGGAGCAGCUCACGCCUCAGUCCUAUUCGCCUCCCCCGCUGCCUCCAGCGCAGUUCCCCUACUCGGAUGGCCUCCCUCCCUGCUCCCCCUCUGUCGCGACGAUGCGGAGGGCCCUGGGGGCCCCCGGCCGCCCGCAGCUUUCGGGGGCCCCCCCCUCUCUGCCGCAGGGCCUCGCUGCCGGACCUCAGGCCUUGCGAGGGGCCCCCCUGAGGCUCCGCGCUGCCCUUCGUCCCCCCCUCCGGCUUCUGCUGCUCUUCUGCUUGCUGCUGCAGCUCCCUGUUUGCAAGUGACACUCUGUGCUGGCCGCCUCGCAUUCAAGAGUCGCGCUCUUGCGUCUCUCUCUCUCUGCGCGGUGCUGCUCCCUCCCCACAGGUCCCUGCGCGCCUCGCAUCUCGAAAACGCUCCAUCAAGGGCUCAAGUCAACUCGUUUUUCACGUACCUCAUGGAGGAGCCACUGGCUUCCGUCAACCAGCAGCUACCCCCACAGCAGCACGCGCAGCGACACUUGCUUCCAAGCCUUUCGGCCGCUGUAGAUGGAGUUUUGUUCUUGGCAGGUUGCGCCGUCUCCCCACAGUGCGGCGUCGCGCUCGCGCGCAUAGACUCCGUCCCCCACAGUAGUGGGCUUUUCAAAGAUCCUGCAAGGCCUCUGUUGAGUUCUCCAGAGGCCCCCCCCACCCCCCAGCCUCCGCAGAGGAGACUCGACUCGCAGGGCAAGUGGCUCCUGCUGUGCGGAACGUCGCUCGCGGCGGAUCCUCCAGAGGCGCUCCCAGUUGAGGCUUUGACGCGUCUGUUUGUUUCCCUGCAACAGAUGCUUCCCAGAUUGCCGCGGUCUGCCAUCACGCGCCUCCUAGCGCCUCUGUUUGCGCUGGGGUGUACGAUCGGACUGCCAGUUGCAGCGUCCUCGAGCUCAGAGGAUGGUUCCUCUCCUGGGGAGGUUCAGGCACUCGCGCAGGCUGUGUCGAGGCUGCUGCAGGGGGUGUUGCUCCGAGCUGCAGCCGAAACCCCGACACUGCCUGCGCGCGAGAUUGUGCAGCGUAUCUCCACGGUGUGCACUGCCCUAAGCGACUGGACUAGAAGGGGUUCUUCUUGCGUUCGCGAGACGGCGGAUACACCGCUGUUGCUGCUGGCAGAUUCUGGCAGACUUGGGAAGAAGUCCCCGCAUCGUCAGGAGUGUUCUUUGCAAGGGGCCUCCGCCACAGCUAGAGCAGCUGCAGCAGCUGCAGCUGCUCUAGCUGCGGCUCUUCAGAGCAGCGAGGCUCAGUCUCUGCCCGACGAGCUGUUACACGCGAUAGCAGCCAUGAUUGAGAGCUCUGCGGCAGCGGCAUCUCGAGGACUAAGAAGCCACAACGACGGAGAGUCCUUGCAACCGACACGAAGUGGCUCAGACUUGGAAUCCUUUCCCCCCACCAGCCACCAGCACUGUCCGCAGGAGACGCAGUCGGAUCCAGGGGGCCCCUUGCCGAAGGAAGCCGUUGCAGAGGAGAUGCGGCAGCUAGUCGGUGCGAGGGCCUCCUGGCUCCCCGUCUUUUACGAGCUGAUGCGUCUUAGUGGAGGCGUUGGGCUCCCUGCCGUCCAGCAGCUGGCGGAGACGGCCGCUGCGCAGGCAGCCAGACUCCUUCAGCUGUUCCUGUCGCACAGCCCUCCAAGACAGACUGACGGCUGCUCCCCUACCUCCGAAGCCCCCUCGAGUGCCUGGGCUGCAGUAGGCCGGCUGCUGUACGGAGAGGUGCAGCAGCUCGCAACGUCGCUUGCGCGUCUCCACUCUCUAAGGCCCUUGAAGGGCAUGCGGCAGCUUGCUGCCACUCUCGUGGCGUUCGACCGCUUCCUUGCGACGCAGGACGUCCCCAACUCCGCAGACGCAUCUCCCGCAUCGCAGCCUUUUGCGUCGAAGGCUGCUGAGGCACCAGCGGCUGCGGCGUGCUCCCCGUCGGCCCUCUCCCUGAGGCCUUUGGUGCACACCCGUGAGCCUCCACUGGACCUGAAGGAGGCGGAGAGGAGGAUUCGCUUCUUCUGCGCGCUGGUGACGCUCGGAGCUUCUGGCAGUUCUCUGUCUUCCGGCGUUGCAGCGUGCCUGCCCUCAGAGAGACAGCUGCACGCGCUGACGGCCUUCGAGAUGCUGGAAUACCAGAAGCGACAGAAGAGUCGCUUUCUCCUUGCUCGCGCAGAGGCUGCGACGAAGAGUGCGCUGCAGCUCCCACUGCAGCUGCUGCAGCGGCUGCUGUUUGCCUGCAGCUGGAUCGAGGAGUGGCCUCUCGUAACUAGGGUCCUGACGAUCUUGAGACGCCGCCUCGAGGUUCUUACGCUGCAGCACUUUCUGCGGUCUCUUCAUGAGACGGACGGCAGCACCCGCGAUGGGGAAGGCACUCCUGGAGCUGCUGGCAAAGCCGCCGACGCCGAAGCCUCCCACAGAGAGAAUUACACGGCAGAGCUCGUUGGAAAGACGCUUGCCCUGCUGCACAAGACGUGGGUAAACCGCGGGAGAUUCCAUCACGUGAAAGAUGUCAGAACCUCCCGUAGCACUCCUGCGUCAGCGCAAUCUCAAGGUGCCCUCCUUGCGGCGGGACCUUCUGAAGGAGAGGGGGCCUCACGUCUGCAGGCAGCGCUCUAUGGACUCGCCUCCACGGCUACGUUGUGGGCUGCUGUGCGUGGAUUCGACAAGCAGCAGCCCGAGGAUAUUGCGCUGCUCACGUUUUCGCUGAUCCCCUUCUGGACGUCCAGAUUAUCGGCAAGGGCCUCGCCGAUGCACACGGAAGAGCAGGUGCGUCUAAUCCGCGACGCAGCAGUCGCUGCAGAGGGAGUUGCCGCUGGUGGAAGCCACGAGGCGUCUCAAGGAAAGCAGCCGCAGACUCAGCAACAGCCCUCAAAAGGAACAUGGGCAGAGCACCAGCAAUUAGAGACUUUGUCACGCAGCCUUCGAGGGUUGAGCACCUUCUCCCCGGCGUGGGGAGUGGCCUCCCCUGUAGCUCGCUUUGUCCAUCCUGCUGCUGUCGAGUUUUAUGUGUCAGAACUGCGGAGGAAGAAGAGUUACGCCUUUCGCGCGUGGCCAGCCCCUCUUUUGUUUCUUUUGGGGUACAACGUUCUCCGACUCCGCCGCACAAAGGCUGUCGAAGCGCCUAAAGGCCCCGCCUCCACCACAGGAGGAGCAGGGGAGGUGGGUACACCGCGGGCCGCUACCACGCGGGCGGAAGGGGGCGAUGCUGCUGCUGCUGCGCUUGCUCAGCAGCAGCAGCAGCAGCAAUUGAGCAGCGAAGCUGAGGCCGAAGCAGCUGCGUUGCUUCUCGAGGUUGUGGCGGCUAUGGAGGAAGGCGUAACCUUUCCCCAUGCGGUGAACGCGUACUGCGACGCGGAGGCUGCCGGGAUUCGCGCAGCAGAUGCUGCUUCCCCCGCAUCUUUUUCUCCUGCAGGGGCCUCUUCACAGAGCGCGACAACCCCCCUUAAGGCGCUGGUUGCUGGCAGGGGUACAGGCCUUCGUCCCCCAAGGCGUCCUACCGCCCCUGCCCAGCUGUGCACCAUCCGUCUUGCCGGCUUGAGGGAAGUGGGAUCUUUUCUGUGGGCCCUUAGCCGUGCGGAGAGGGGCCUGGGGGCCCCUCUCAGUGGGGGCCCCCCAGGCCCACAGGGUACCCUUUCGACUGCUGAGACGACGGCGGCGACGCGGACGGAAAAAGCAGCUCUUGGUGCUGCUGCUGCUGCGGGCUCCUUUGCUGCGAGCCUGUCACGUACACGGGCCAAACAACCCCUCACUCUGCAGGAGGCAUCUCGCACGGCUGCGCAGAUGCUCAAGCGUUCCGGAGGCCUCGCCGAUAAAUUGGCAGUGUACUGCGAGGCGGCAAUUCGAGCAGCCAACGACUUCCUUCUCCAGCAGCAAGGAGGGCACCCGCAGCGGGGCCUAAGAGCGAACGCUGUCGAUGGCAGGAGGCCCCUGCUGAGAGCCGGUGCGCGGCUUGUUGCUUCCGAGGGGCCUCUCGAGAGCGAGGAGGAGACGGAAAAGCAGAGGCAGGAGACACAGAGCGUAUUCGAAGUCUUGAAAUCCUUUACCCUGAAUGGCGUGGAGGCCCCUCCCCCGGCAGUUUCCCUCCUGCCUGCCGAGAGGCCGCACAUGAGCUGGGUAUCUACUGCCGGCGUAUCCUUAGGUCUGCUGCUCAACUGCUUCUCGUCCUGUGGGAUUCACGCUCGGCAACGCAUUCUGUCUGGCGUGUUGCAUGCGCCUGCGCUGGUUGCAGAGUGCGGGUUACUGCAGCUUUUCCACUUGCUUAGGCCUCUGGCUGCUGCAGCGCGAGUGGAGAUGGAGUCCGCCGAACAGCUCGAAGGAAAGACGCCGUUGCCGGUGAAACAGGCACAGGGGGCAGCAGAAACACAGGCAGUCGUGCAGCAGCAACAGGAGGUGUGUCCCCUCGCUGGCAACGGCAGCGCGAGCAGCACCAGGAGCAGCAGCAGCAGUCAUUCGGAGGCUGUUCUGGUUAUUCUGCGGGAAGCACCGGCAUUCCUUUUUGCUGUGACAGCAGCUUUACUGCGGCAUGCGCGAGUCAUUGCGGAUCUCCCGCCCGAAGCUCCGAGGACGGCAGGACAGGUGCAGCUAUUGCUACUGGCGGCCAGCGAUUUUGCGGCUCUGCUGCAUGCGCACUGCCGCUGGACUGGAGGCGCAGUUGGAGACUACGCAACGCCGAGGCAGAGGGCUUCGCUUGUUACAGAGUCGUCGGAUUUCCGGCGGGCUCUCCAUCAGUUGCUUUCGCUUGUUAAUGGGAUUGUGCUGCGGCAUGCCUCGCAGGUUUGUGGCUCUCUAUCGCUGCUGGCAGCAGCAGCGGAGAUCCUGAGUCGCUGCGGAAGGCAAGUUCCCCCUCCAAAGGGCACAAUGAAGGCGGUAGAGGCGUUCGCCUCUGCAGCGAUCGCGGCUCUCCGGCAACCUGCAGCGUAUCACGCCGCUACACAGACAGGGGACUCGUCAUCUGAUCCCUCGGGAAAGGACCAACUGCGGACGGGAGGGCCAGAGGAGCUCAGGCGACUUGCCACUGCCCUGGAGGCUCUCAAAUUUGUCGAGUUACAGUGA